GGUCGUUUCACAAGUGGAAACUGUCGGAUAAUCAAACGAGAAGAAACGAAGGUUUCCUUGAGACCGAGGAGAUACGAGGGACGAGAGGCAUUCUACGACUCCGGAAUCCGUGCCCCGUCAAAAAGCGUUGGUUUCCCCACGCCGUGCAUGUUUAAAUCGGAGGACGACAUUUGCGCCGUGCUUCGGCCAGACGACUAACUACCAAGCGAGCGGCGCCCACCAAGUGCGGAGGCAUGAUUCUGAGACGGGUCUCAGCCGUUGCUGCCUUUUUACUCUGCUUCCUGGCGAAGGUGUCGGAGGGAUCGGGACAAUUCGAGUUGCAGAUCUUGUCGAUGCACAACGCGAACGGGGAGCUGCUGAGCGGCGCGUGCUGCGACGGCUCGCGGGACGCGGCGGAUCGCAGAUGCGCGCGGGACGAGUGCGACACGUUUUUCAAAGUUUGCCUGAAGGAAUACCAGUCUCGGGUCUCCGCCGCGGGGCCCUGCAGCUUCGGGACGGGGUCCACGCCGGUCCUCGGAGGGAAUACGUUUGCGCCGAAGAGCGCCGCCAGGAGCGAACGGUCCAGGAUAGUACUGCCCUUCAGCUUUGCCUGGCCGAGGUCCUACACUUUGAUAGUGGAAGCCUUGGACUUCAGCAAUGAAACCGGUGGUGCCGACGGGCAGCUGAUAGAGAAAGCCUCUCAUUCCGGCAUGAUCAACCCCAGCCCCCAGUGGCAGAGGCUGACCCACAACGGGCCCGUAGCCCAGUUUGAGUACCAGAUCCGGGUGAGCUGCGACGAACACUACUACGGCUUUGGUUGCAACAAGUUCUGCAGACCCAGGGACGAGUUCUUCGGACACUACACCUGUGACUACAACGGCAACAAGACCUGUCUAGAGGGCUGGUCCGGACCCGAUUGCAACACCGCUAUUUGUCGACAAGGCUGCAGCACGGAGCACGGAUCGUGUAAAGAGCCAGGCGGCUGCAAGUGCCUUUAUGGCUGGCAGGGCCAGUACUGUGACAAGUGCAUCCCCCACCCUGGCUGUGUGCAUGGGACGUGUGUGGAGCCCUGGCAGUGCCUGUGUGACACCAACUGGGGCGGCCAUCUUUGCGAUAAAGAUCUGAACUUCUGCGGCACUCACCAGCCGUGCCUGAACGGAGGGACGUGCAUCAACACGGGGCCCGACAAAUACCAGUGCUCCUGUGCGGAGGGUUACUCGGGAGCAAACUGCGAAAGAGCGGAACACGCCUGUCUGUCCAAUCCAUGUUCCAACGGGGGGAACUGUGCAGAGACCAGUCAAGGAUAUGAAUGUCAAUGUGCCCCAGGGUGGAGUGGCCCCUCCUGUACCAUCAAUGUUGAUGAGUGCACUCCAAAUCCUUGUAAUCAUGGCGGUACCUGCCAGGACUUGGUCAAUGGUUACAAGUGUCACUGUCCUCCACAGUGGACAGGCAAGACUUGUUUGAUAGAUGCCAACGAGUGCGAUAGCAAGCCUUGUGUCAACGCCAACUCCUGCCGCAACCUGAUUGGCGGAUACUUCUGCGAGUGCCUACCUGGUUGGAUGGGGCAGAACUGCGACACCAACAUAAACGACUGCAAGGACCAGUGCCAGAAUGGGGGAACUUGCAAGGACUUGGUCAACGGCUACCGCUGCAUGUGUCCACCUGGCUUUGCUGGAGAGCACUGCGAGAGAGACAUCGAUGAGUGUGCGAGCGCCCCCUGUCUGAACGGCGGGCGCUGUCAGGACGAGGUCAAUGGAUUCCAGUGCCUGUGUCUGGCCGGCUUCUCAGGACAACUCUGCCAGCUGGAUAUCGAUUACUGCCUCCCCAACCCGUGUCAGAACGGAGCGUCCUGCUUCAACUUGGCCACGGACUACUACUGCGCCUGUCCGGAGGACUACGAGGGCAAGAACUGCUCUCACCUCAAAGACCACUGUCGCACCACCACGUGCAAAGUGAUUGACAGCUGCACGGUCGCUGUGGCCUCUAACAGCACGCCUGGUGGCGAGCGCUACAUUUCAUCCAAUGUGUGCGGGCCCCACGGCCGCUGCCGGAGCCAAGCCGGAGGCCAGUUCAGCUGCGAGUGCCAGGAGGGCUUCAGAGGCACCUACUGCCACGAGAACAUCAACGACUGUGAGAGCAACCCGUGCCAUAAUGGCGGCACCUGCAUCGACAAAGUCAGCGUGUACCAGUGCAUCUGUGGAGACGGCUGGGAAGGGGACCACUGCGAGAUCAACAUCGACGACUGCAGCACCAACCCCUGUCACAACGGAGGGACGUGCCGCGACCUGGUGACCGAUUUCUUUUGCGAGUGCAAGAAUGGCUGGAAGGGAAAGACCUGCCACUCUCGUGAGAGCCAGUGCGACGAGGCCACCUGUAACAACGGAGGCACCUGCCACGACGAGGGAGACACCUUCCAGUGCAAGUGCUCCCCUGGGUGGGAGGGUACGACAUGUAACAUCGCCAAGAACUCCAGCUGCCUGCCCAACCCCUGUGAGAACGGCGGCACCUGUGUGGUGAGCGGAGACUCCUUCACCUGCGUCUGCAAGGAAGGCUGGGAGGGCGCCACCUGUACGCAGAAUACCAACGACUGCAGUCCACACCCAUGCUACAACAGUGGAACGUGUGUCGACGGCGAUAACUGGUACCGAUGCGAGUGUGCCCCUGGCUUCGCCGGUCCAGACUGUCGGAUCAAUAUUAACGAGUGCCAGUCCUCCCCCUGUGCCCCUGGUUCCACCUGUGUGGACGAGAUCAAUGGCUACCGCUGCCUGUGUCCAGCGGACCGGACCGGACCACACUGUCAAGAAGUUACAAGAAGACCUUGCUCCGUUAAUGGUCAUGUCACCCCUGAUGGAGCCAAAUGGGAUGACGACUGCAACACCUGCCACUGUUCCAAUGGGAAGGUUGUGUGCACACGGAUGUGGUGUGGCCCUAAGUCGUGCCAGCUCGGUGCCAAAGGUCGCGGUGGGUGUCCUUCGGGUCAGAGCUGCAUCCCUAUCAGAGAGGGCCACUGCUUUAAAAGGCCCUGCCUCGGCCUUGGAGAGUGCUGGCGCUCCAACCCUCCACCGCCGCCCACCAAAUGCCACCCCAGCUCCACUUACCAGGACAAUAGCUGUGCCAACAUCACCUUCACCUUCAACAAGGAGACCAUGCCAGAAAGCCUGACCGUCGAGCAUGUCUGCAAGGAGCUGAGGCACUUGUACGUGGUGAAAAAUCUCUCCUUGGAGCAUUCCGUGUCCAUAACCUGUGACCCCUCGUUCUCGGCCACCAACGAAAUCCACGUCUGCAUCUCCACCGAGGAUCACAGGUUGGACUGGAGCCCCAUUAAAGAGAUCACCGACAGGAUAAUCGACCUAGUUAGCAAGCGCAAUGGGAACAACACCAUCAUCAAGGCCAUUGCAGAGGUGCGCGUGCCAAGCCCCAGCAAAACUGACUACCUGGUGCCCCUCCUCAGCUCCAUCUUCAUCGUCAUCUGGGUGCUCGUCCUGGUCUCCAUCUUCUUGUGGUGCAUGCGCCGCCGGCGAAAACAGACCAACCACGGCAACACGUCGGCCUCCGGCUCAGAAGACAACACCACCAACAACGUGCGGGAGCAGCUGAACCAGAUCAAGAACCCUAUAGAGAAACACGUCGGCCUCACGGUGGCCAUUAAAGACUACGAAGACAAGAACUCCAUCAUUGCCAAGAUAAGGACAAAUCACCCCGAGGGGGACGAGGACGACAAGGAGAGGCACCUGCAGAAGGGCCGCUUCGCCAAACAGCCGGCAUACACACUGGUGGAGCGGGACGAGAAGUCGCCCAUCUCCGGUCCCAACUCCACGACCGGCAAAAACCCUAACUGGACUAAUAAACAGGACAACAGAGACUUGGAGACAGCGAACAGCUUAAACAGGAUGGACUACAUUGUAUAGCAGACAGCUGCGUUGCUGUGCAACCGAGCCCUAUGCCCUCAUACCCCUGUGGCGGAUGAAACGGGGAAGUUUUGGGAUGCGCAGUUCUUCGACCGCCGCAUCGAUCUUGACCCCACAGUCGGUAAUUGCAUAUAUUCCCUGUGUUAAUUUAAGUUUCGACAAGCUGGCUUACACUGGCAGUGACGGUUGCUCUGGUUGGCUGGAAAUACUAGGCACUGGUAAACAUUUCAUCGCAAAACUCGGUUCAAGUGUCCUCUUUUGGCAUUUCAUACCCCGUUCAUUCGGAAGACACUGAAGGGGGCUUUUCGGUCCCCUCCUCUUUUUUUUUUUUUUUUUUUUUUCAGCGUUAUUUAAAAUUUUUCUAGUAGUAAUUGUUGUACAAUGACUAAAAAAAACACACAUCACAUUCAACACUAAAGCUAAUUAUUUUUAGUUUGUGUUUGAACUCGUUAUUUAGGUGGUGAACAAAUAUAGUUUUGUUUAGAGAAGAGUGCCUUUUUCAGCUUUAGACCUCAGCAACUGUCAAAUGAGAGAAAAGAUCAAACUUUAUUAUUUAUUUUUUAUUUUUUUUC